AUAAAAUAUUCACAGUGACAGCUUCCCCACUGAAAAGGAUGAUGGAGUAGUAAAGGGUGAGGGUCUGCCUCACACGCACUUUAAUAUGUGCCCCUUGAGGGGUGCGCUUGGUCUGGAAAAAAAAAAAUGGGGGGAUCCCCUUCCUUCAUUUCGUCACCCUUCUGCUUUUUCAACUAGUUUUUGAUGCAUUUUACAAAACAUUGCGGCAAAUGCUUUCUCUCUUCUUGGCCGUUUUGAAAGCGGGAGAAGGACAGAAAGCAAAAGAGGGUCACAAAGAUAUUGCGAGCGGUGGGAUCGGGCAAGUUUUUUUUCUUAUCAGAUGACCGUCGAACUGGCCGCUCCGUCCCAGACUGCCGUUUGUCCUUUAACUGCGUUUUCUAGCGCGGCUGGGGGAAAUAGUUACUCUGUCGCCAUCUCUGUGUAAUGAGGCGUUUCUGUCACGGUUGGAGUUGGUGAAAGCGAGGCAAAAAAAAAAAAAAACGGAGGAAGCGGGGAGGCGAGGCGGGAAGGACUGCAGGAGUCUCAAAAUGAUAUUUCAUUUCCGAGAAAAGGCGACUAACCAACGUCAGAGAGGAAAAACCCGUAUAGACCUACAACUGGAAAACAAAACACGAGCGGUGGUACAACUGACGGGAAGCUGACAUCAACAAACGACGGACUGACAAGAACUGGAAGAAACCAGAAAAGUGGCGAGACAACGAGUGGCUGGAAGGAGCUGAUUGGUCCAAAUGAACCGGGGCAGGGCAAAAAGGGAUCACAUGAAUCAUUUUUCUCCCGUCACAAAGUUUCCAUAAUGCAGUCAAGCUUGCAAGUGUCUCUACGGCUGCUACGUCCACUCGUCCAUCAUCCCCACCUUCCACCGCCGGUGCUACUGGCUGCUUCAGAACCCCGACAUUGUGCUGGUCCACUAUUUGAAUGUGCCGGCCAUCGAGGAUUGCGGGAAACCGUGCGGUCCGAUCCUGUGUUCCAUCAAUACGGACAAGAAGGAGUGGGCCAAAUGGACCAAGGAGGAGCUGAUCGGCCAGCUCAAACCCAUGUUUCAUGGCAUCAAGUGGACUUGCAGCAACGGGAACAGCGGCUCGGGCUUCUCGGUGGAGCAACUAGUCCAGCAGAUACUGGACAGCCACCAGACUAAGCCGCCUCCCCGGACUCACAACUGCCUGUGCACGGGCACGCCGGGCGCCGGAAGCAGUGUGCACCACAAAUGCAACAGCGCCAAACACCGCAUCAUCUCCCCCAAGGUGGACCCCCGCACGGGGGCCUACAGCAGCGCUCACUCUGAAGUACAAAACAACGACGUGUCCGAGGGGAAAACCGAGCACGGCGGCCAUGGUGGCGCCAAAAGCUCGGCGGGAGGGGGCGGCGCCAGGGAGAAGCGCAACGGCAAAGUCCACAAGCCCAUCUUGCUCCAUCAGAACAGCACCGAGGUGUCGUCCACCAACCAGGUGGAGGUCCCUGACACCACCCAGAACUCCCCCGUGUCCAUCAGCAGCGGCCUCAACAGCGACCCGGACAUGGCUGACAGUCCUGCGGUGACGGGAAUGAGUCACGUGGCCACGGUCGUGUCCGGCCUCUCUCAGGGGGUUUUCAUGUCGGAGGUUGCCGGAGACCCCGUCUACAGCAUGUCCCCGACCGGCGGGCCCAACGCUCACCUGAUGGGCGCCGAGGCCACCUCCCAGGGCCUGGCGCUCUCUGUGACCGCCGAUCGGCACAAGUUUGCUUUCCCCGGCGGAGGAGUGGGGGAACCUGGAAAUGCAGGGGACGGUCUUUCCAUCCUGUCAGCAGCCGGGGUUCCUGAGGAACUGGUACUCUCGAGCAGUUUGGACGCUGGAAGCGUCAAGAUCCCAGAGACCAAUAUGAACUUCGACCCCGACUGCUUCCUGAACAACCCCAAACAGGGCCAGACCUACGGAGGCAGUGCAAUGAAAACCGAAGGAAACUGCGCCUCGUCCUCCUGCGGGGUCAGCGCCAGCACCGACGGCUCUCUGCAGAGCUCUCCUUCCAUGGCAGACAACGGCUACGGCUUCAGCUCGGCUCUGGCGAAGAACAUCAAGACGGAAGACACCUCCUUUGAGCAGCAGCUGGCCAAGGAGAGCGCCUAUCGGGUGGGGUCGGGAGCCAGUUGUGGUAACGGGGUGUCCCUGCCAUCUGGCGCCACUUCCGGUCAGGGCGGCCUCACACUGACUCCAGCGGGGUCCUUGCUUCCUUCGGGUGGCGGUUUGAGUCCGAGCACCACCCUGGAGCAGAUGGAUUUCAGUGCUAUCGAUGCCGAGCAGGACUACGCGUCCGGCGCUCCCGCCGUGAGCUACGGGCGAGCCGUGUCCAGUCCUCAUGUGCCACACCAGAACCGUUCUCCCAGUUUUUUUCUUCAGGACGCUCCUCAGUCCGGCCAGGCUCAGCGGGGAAGGGCCGGCAUGAGCCAGAAAACGCACAUGAUGGAGCACAAUGCCCAUCAAUCUGGAGCUUAUUUGGGGCUCCACGUGGUGAAGACAGAAUCUCCCGGCAGUAACGGUCACCUCCAGCACCACCAGCAGAAUCAACAUCGGGCCAACUGUAACGGAGGCUCACCGACAGACAGCACUCCUCAGACCGGAUCCCUGCAGCUGCUGCAGUACCAGGGGAGCUUCUCUGGGCUCGGCACUCAGCGCGAGGAGCCGGCGGCCGGUGUGACUUCUGGGCAGGCUGGAGCGUCCGAGAAUGGAGCAGAUCAUCUCCUGAAAGCUGGAGAUCAAAUUCAGGCUGGCGCGGCAGGGAACGGAGCGGGAGACGCCACCGAGCGCUACCUGCAGACGUCAGACGGUGGAGGAAAUGGCGCUGGGGGCGAGGGGAUGCCACUUCACAACGGCAACGGUGACGGCGGCCGUCGCUCGGCGCAACAACAGCAGCUGCAGCCGCUCCUCCAGGGAGCGAAUGUGGUCCAGGGACUCUACGGCGCAGUCGCGACCCACCAAGGCAGCAACGGCGGAGGGGCCGGGGGGGCGGGCAUGGAGAUCAGCCUGGAUCACUUUGACAUCUCUUUCGGAAACCAGUUCUCCGACCUCAUCAACGACUUCAUCUCCGUGGAUGGCAGCGGAACGGCCAUGACCGGCGGAGGAAGCCUCUACCCUCACCAGCUGGUGGCUUCACACGGCUCCGACGGUCAGAACGCGGGGGGCGGGGGCCCGCCGCAGGGCCAGGAUGAUGCCAGGGGCUCGGGCUACAACCCCUCAGAGCUCUGCCUCCAACCGUGCUGCAGCCCUCAGUCCCUCGGCGGGGGCGGCGGUGCGGGGGGAACCGCCGGGGAGGCGGGUUCCCUGGCGUACAUGAAUGUCGCUGACGUGGUCUCGGCCGCUGUCGCCCACGGCGCUCUGGGUAUGCUCCAGGCUACCGGGCGGCUCUUCGUGGUCACCGACUACUCUCCGGAGUGGUCCUAUCCUGAGGGCGGCGUUAAAGUGCUCAUCACGGGAUCCUGGCAAGAGACGACCUCAAACUACAGCUGCAUGUUCGACCAGAUCUCAGUUCCAGCUUCUCUUAUUCAGCCGGGCGUGCUGCGUUGCUACUGCCCAGCUCACGACACGGGUCUGGUGACGCUUCAGGUGGCCGCCAGUAAUCAGAUCAUCUCCAACUCUGUGGUUUUCGAGUACAAGGCUCGCGCCCUUCCUUCUCUGCCCUCCUCUCAGCACGACUGGCUCUCGCUGGAUGAUAACCAGUUCAGAAUGUCAAUCCUGGAGCGUUUGGAGCAGAUGGAGAGGAGGAUGGCAGAGAUGGCCAGCCACCCGCAGCAGAGCAGCGCCGGCAGCGGCGGAACCGGAGGAGGAACGGGAGGCGGAGGCGGAGGAGGGGCGGCGGGCGCAGGUGGCGGAGGGGGAGACGGCGCCGGCCAGGCCCAGUGCGGAUCGGGUCCGGCGCAGGCCGGCAGCUCCUUCGAGAGCCGCGUGGUGGUGGUCUGUGAGAAGAUGAUGAGCCGAGCCUGCUGGGCCAAGUCCAAACAUCUAAUCCACUCCAAGACUUUCCGAGGCAUGACGCUCCUUCACCUGGCGGCCGGCCAGGGCUACGCCACCCUCAUCCGGACGCUCAUCAAGUGGCGCACCAAGCAUGCAGAUAGCAUCGAUCUGGAAUUAGAAGUGGACCCUCUCAAUGUGGAUCACUUCUCCUGCACACCUCUGAUGUGGGCGUGCGCUCUGGGUCACCUGGAAGCCGCCGUGGUCCUGUACAAAUGGGACCGACGGGCUCUCGCAAUCCCAGAUUCUCUGGGUCGCUUGCCUCUUUCCAUCGCCCGUUCUCGCGGCCACACCAAACUGGCUGAAUGUCUGGAACAACUGCAGAGGGAGGAGCAGCAGCAGCCGGCGACAAGUCGCAUGUCCUUCUCCCCGGCGCCGGACGCCCCCGCCGCGGACGGCUGGAUGCUCAGCUGGGGAAACGAGAGCGCGGUCGCACCCGAUGGCAAGCGAGCAGGUCCCGCUACGACGACAACCGCGCCCAGCAACAGCGGCCAAAAUCCAGACUUGAGGAGGCCCAGGUCAGAGCCUUCCAGCUACUACAGCAGCAGUGAGGCUCGAAGAGACCUCCCGCUGGCUAAGAAGCACAAACCCAACCCGCAACCCUUUCAGACGCGGCCCGACAAGCCGAUGUCGGUCCCGCUUAGCCUGGAGCAGCAGCAGCUCUACAAGCUUACCUCGAGUCCCAAGAGCCAACCCUCAGAGAGCCCAGAGAAGAGGCUGUCAACAGGAGGGGCCACGGGGGCGGCCAGAUGGAGCGGCAGGGAGCGUUUCUCCUGCGGCCACACGGGGAGGAAGGGCCCGGGCGCGGAGGGGAACGAGAAGUCGGUCGGCCGGUCGCGCCAGCGGGAGCCGCUGGGCAGGCUGGUCGCGGCAGACAGAAGCCUGGCCGACGCGCAAAUGCUGUCCGGCGCUCGCGACGAUCUGGGGAAUCACGACUGUCUCGCGCAGAUGGAAAACCUUCAGGCCAAUAUGAUGACUCUGGCAGAGCACAUCAUUGAGGCGACACCCGAGAGGAUCAAGAGGGAGCCCUUCACUUCGGCCGACUCUUUGCCAGCAGACACAUCAGGAAUCGACAACACCAUGAACUGGCUGGCCAACUACCUGGGAGACGUCGAGCAGCUGCCCGGCAUCCUGCACUUGCGAUCUCUGUAUAACGAGGUACUGACCCCAUCGUCCAAGCCCGGUCUGAGUCCUGGGGGCUCUCCACUGGGCGAGGGGCCCUUGGAGAGGCCCACACUUCCAACACCGGCAGACUGGAGCGACUUCAUCAAUGCCUCCAACAGCAAAGUGGAAAGAGACCUGGCCCAGCUGACUCUGUCGGAUCCAGAACAGAGAGAGCUGUACGAGGCCGCCCGUCUCGUUCGGACUGCCUUCCGCAAGUACAAGGGGCGGCCGCUUAGAGACCAACAGGAAGUAGCUGCUGCUGUUAUUCAGCGCUGUUACAAGAAAUACAAACAGUAUGCACUUUAUAAGAAGAUGACGCAGGCCGCCAUCCUUAUCCAGAGUAAAUUCCGCAGCUACCACGAGCAGAAGAAGUUCCAGCAGAGCAGGAGGGCCGCCGUCCUCAUUCAGCAAUACUACCGCAGCUACAAGGCCUUGGGCCGGCUCCAGCCUCGCCACCGCGGGGCGGCCGCUGCCCUGGUGCAGCACAAAUUCAGAAGUAGUCGGCUCAGUAAGAGGCAAGAUCAAGCUGCCAGGAAGAUCAUGCGGUUUCUCCGUCGCUGCCGCCACAGGGUGAAAGAAUUGAGAAGGGCCAGGGAACAUGAGGCCGCUCACAAGACCCCCCUCGCAAUGUGACCUCACUCCUCUUUUUUUUUUUUUUUUCCCCCUUUGGACCCAAGACAUUUUGCAGGAGAAGUAACGAAGAAUUUGCCCCCCCACCACCCACAUUUUCAGUUGGAGGGGGUGUUGCAGACAAGUAUGCGUCAUGGCAAACCCCCCCCCCCCCUUCACUUUUUCUGGACUUGACGGAAGAGAAACUCGGACGAGCCCGAAGAAGCCAAUAAAUGUGGCGGCUGCUGCUGAAUUUUUCACCGACACCGCGUACGACGACGACCUCGCUGGAAUACUCUUAAUUGUGUUUCACAUUUUUGGGCGAUCAGUUCCUGCAAUGGUGGAUUUCGAUUUUUUUUUUCCUUUUUUUUCCCAUCCAUAACCGAGUCGGGUCAGCAGCCAUCUCGGCCCACGCAGCCGAGCCGCAACUGAAUGUAGUCGGGCCAGCGAAUGGGCCGGCGAAUCGUUGCCUGUUGUCGCUUUAUGACUUGAAUUUCUUCCAUUGCGUUUGUCCCUCCAUGCCUGCCGUAGGUCCGGAUUCUAUCUCGUUGAAUCCAAUCACGGAGGGGACAAAAAAAAAAUUGCAUGAUUUAUGGCUUCAAACAAAACUUUGCUCGCGUGUUUUACGGUCUUGGUCUUUUCACGGCAGGCUAAACCUCGGUUGUCUUUUGUUGGUUGUUGUUGUCGUCACAGUUGGGGUCCUGGUCAGUUUACGUUUGUUGUUUUUUUUUUUUUGUUGUUGUUUUUUUUUUUUUCAACAAACUUGAGAGCCUGUGAGGGCUUUUGAGGGGAAGCUCACAUACAUUGCCUUGACAUCUUGGAGAUUCUUCCAGGGGUCCCUAAGAGUGUCCCAGGAAAAGGGGGGUGACAAAUCCAUAUUUUUGCGAAAUGAGCGGACAUUUCUGUACAUAAAAGAAUGCUGGAAGAACGUAGAAAUAAUAAUAAUUAAAAAAAAAGAUACAUUUACCCAAAGGGGAUUGUAUUUUACAAAUAUAUUAUUUUAUUCAUUUAAAAAAUGGCCCAAAAGAGGUACAAGACAAAAACGAAUAUUUGUAUAGUUUUCUUUGAAUGCCUAAGAAGUACAGAUGUAUUGUUUGUAAAUAGUGUACAGAACUGGGAUCAAAAUGAGUUAUGUGCAUGUAAAGUACCGAGAGAGAGUCAAGGGUGGGCGAUGCGGACACAACAAAGCAGUAGUGGCCACGCGCCGUCAAAUCAAAGCAGUAUUUUAUUUUGAUUCAAAGCCCCCCCCCCACAAAAAAUAAAUAAAUAAAUAAAUAAAUAAAUAAAGGUUUUGCUAAAGCAUGUUAUGGUUGCCACACGGCAAUGUCAAACUGUAAAAGUCACCCAGGAACAAGUUGCUUUCCUCUUUCUUUUUUUUUUUUUGUUUUUUUUGUUUUUUGAAUGUAGCGACGUUGCGCUUUGCCACCGGUGCCGAGAAACUUUUUUGCAAGGCUGACAAACAUGCAAGGAAAAGUCGAUUCCAGCUGACCGAUGACGAGGAGGAUAAUAACAACGGGAAGAAAGUAUUACAGUGUAAUAACCACCCUCGCUCAUGAUCCCGCUUUUACUUGGGUUUUCAUCACAAAAACAAUUUGAUGAGUUCCCGUGUGUGUGUGUGUGUUUUGUUUUUUUUUUAUUCCAGAUUGUAAAUGGCAGCCAUGACCAGACCGGUUCUUUCGUCUCCAUCGAAAAUGUCUUUACUCAGUACUGAAUGACGAAAUGAUCCUCAUUCAGUUUUGAUGUAUUGAGUAUUCUUGAUUGAGGCUGUGAUCUUCGUGCUCUGGUGUGUAUUCUGAGGAAAACGUUUCAUAUUUCACGUUGCCCGACAUGUAGCACGGUUGCGUUUCUUUGCCAAGCAGCCAAAGGUGCCAUUUUUAUUUCCUCCGAAAUUGAAUAUGAACGCUUGAGAGUCCACAUCCCUGUUUUGUUGCAGCAAUCCUCGGGUGAAGUCGCUUUUUUCUGUUUGCCCCCCCCCCACCCCACCCCACCCCAACGUAAUUGUUGAUGUUUGUCCCACCAAAUGCCACGUGACUAUGUUGUGGGUUUUUGGGUUGCUCAAUUUUUUGCUGUCCCGAGCAGAUGGAAGAGCCAAACGCUUGUCCAGCGUCCGCGCGUCCCUCAAAACUGUCAAGAUGCCAAGUUCUCGUUUUCUUGCCGUCUUUCCCUGCUCGAGUGACCCCCCCCCCACCCCCACCCCCGCCCGCCCCGCCCCUCCGCCGCCGCGGGAUUCUCAGAUGACAUCUCCA